AUGACAACCUCAUGGAGCGACCGACUCCAGAAUGCAGCAGAUCUCCCUGCAAACAUGGAUGGGCACGCUCUGAAAAAGUACCGCCGGGAAGCCUAUCACCGGGUCUUUGUAAACAGAAGUUUAGCCAUGGAGAAGAUAAAGUGCUUUGGUUUUGAUAUGGAUUAUACACUUGCUGUGUAUAAAUCCCCUGAAUACGAAUCUCUUGGAUUUGACCUGACCGUAGAAAGAUUAGUUUCCAUUGGAUACCCUCAUGAGCUGCUCAAUUUUGUGUAUGAUCCUGCAUUCCCUACCAGAGGCCUGGUGUUUGAUACCCACUAUGGAAACCUGUUGAAAGUUGAUGCCUAUGGGAACCUCCUUGUCUGUGCACAUGGCUUUAAUUUCCUCAGAGGGCCUGAAACACGGGAUCAAUAUCCAAAUAAAUUUAUCCAGAGGGAUGACACAGAUAGAUUUUACAUUCUGAACACGUUAUUCAAUCUACCAGAGACCUACCUAUUAGCUUGCCUAGUGGAUUUCUUUACUAACUGUGACCGGUACACUAGCUGUGAAACGGGGUUUAAAGAUGGAGACCUCUUCAUGUCCUUCAGGAGUAUGUUCCAGGAUGUCAGAGAUGCUGUUGACUGGGUUCAUUACAAGGGAUCGCUCAAGGAAAAGACCCUUGAGAAUCUGGAAAAGUAUGUGGUGAAAGAUGGGAAGCUGCCGUUGCUGCUCAGCCGCAUGAAUGAAGUUGGGAAGGUGUUUCUUGUCACAAACAGCGACUAUAAAUACACAGAUAAAAUUAUGACUUACUUGUUUGACUUUCCACAUGGACCAAAGCCUGGGAGUGCACAUCGGCCGUGGCAGUCCUACUUCGACCUGAUCUUGGUGGAUGCACGAAAACCCCUUUUCUUUGGGGAAGGCACUGUGUUGCGGCAGGUGGACACGGUGACCGGAAAGCUGAAGAUUGGUACCUACACUGGCCCAUUGCAACACGGCAUCGUAUACUCAGGAGGCUCUUCGGACACAGUCUGUGACCUGCUGGGGGCCAAAGGGAAGGAUAUCUUGUACAUUGGAGACCAUAUCUUUGGAGACAUCCUCAAAUCCAAGAAGCGCCAGGGCUGGAGGACGUUCCUGGUGAUCCCCGAGCUGGCGCAGGAGCUGCAUGUCUGGACAGACAAAAGCGCCCUUUUUGAAGAGCUGCAGAGUCUGGACAUUUUCUUGGCCGAGCUGUACAAGCAUCUGGACAGUAGCAGCAAUGAACGCCCUGACAUCAGCUCCAUCCAGAGACGCAUUAAGAAAGUGACCCAUGACAUGGACAUGUGCUACGGGAUGAUGGGGAGCCUCUUCCGCAGCGGCUCUCGGCAGACCCUGUUUGCCAGCCAGGUGAUGCGCUACGCUGAUCUCUAUGCAGCCUCCUUCAUCAACCUCCUCUACUACCCCUUCAGCUACCUCUUCAGAGCCGCCCAUGUCCUGAUGCCACAUGAGUCCACGGUAGAGCACACGCACGUCGACAUCAAUGAGAAGGAGUCGCCGAUGGCCACACGCAAUCGCUCCUCAGUGGAUUUUAAAGAUUCCGACUACAAGCGGCAUCAACUGACCCGCUCCAUCAGUGAGAUCAAACCGCCCAACCUCUUCCCCCAGGCACCUCAGGAAAUCACACAUUGCCACGAUGAAGAUGAUGAUGAGGAAGAGGAAGAGGAGGAAGAAGAGGAGGAAGAGGAAGAGGAAUAAGAAGGAAAGAGCAAAGCAUCUCUGAAGACAAGCCGUGACUCUAGCAGUGAUCAGGAGCGAAUUCCUUUGUUGGGGCCCUUGGGGUGAUGGGUUGGGGGGUGUUGAUUCUUGCAAAGGCACAUUUUGAAAGUGUUCAGAAACUUGUAACAAAUUAACACUAAUUAGGAGGAGACCCUUGUUUUCAGUUUUGCAGACGGUUCAAAAAGCUGAUGGAUUCUGCCUGGGUGGUACAUUCAGGUUGGACUGCCCGCCUGUGCUGUCAUGCUGCUCCCAUUACAUUUAGGGGUGCUGCAUGUUUCUCCCUUUCCGGUGAUGUGUUUCAUUUGAUUUUCAUUUGAAUGGUGUCCUGUGAACGGUUUUUGCCAGU